CUGGCAGCAGACUGGCCUUGUCGACAUCCCUGGCCGCAUCCAACAACUUCACUCCUGCAAUCCAGGCAGUCUCCCGACCUCAGCUUCUCCUCAUGCGUCUCGACUAGUCGACUCCUCAUAUUCUUCCCUGCAUAGUACAUGCAACCACCCGCGGACGUGGCAGCCCCCAUCCUUGGGGUCGACCCUCCAUCCUCCACGACCACGAUGCUCGCCGCCGUCGCCGCCACGGUCGUUUCGACAGCUUCGACGAUCACCGCCAGGAUGAACUUCUCGGCGGACGACUCCACACCCGGCGAGUGUAGCCUCAUGGGCCCCUUCGCCAUCCUCGUGCAGGCAGCACUGGGGGCCCUGGCGCUUCUGUCCCUCGUCUUCAAGCGGUGGCGGGAGAGGCCACAACGGCCGGUCAAGAUCUGGUUCUUCGAUGUGUCCAAGCAGGUUUUCGGCUCCGUGCUGGUCCACAUUGCCAACAUCUUCAUGUCCAUGCUCACCAGCGGACGGUUCUCCGUGGCCAUGGAGCCCGUGGUGGCGGCACGGACGCUGAUGAGGAGAACAAGGGAGGACGACUACACGCCUAAUCCCUGCUCGUUCUAUCUCUUGAAUCUUGCGAUCGACACCACCAUUGGAAUCCCGAUCCUCAUUGUUCUUCUCAAGAUCGUCACCGGCCUUGUGGCGUACACUCCGCUCGGCAAACCGCGCGAGUCGAUCCAGUCGGGUCACUAUGGCCAGCCGCCCAAUGCGUGGUGGUGGCUCAAGCAGUCCGUCAUGUACUUCAUCGGCCUCUUUGGCAUGAAGAUCUGCGUGCUGAUCAUCUUCCUUGUCAUCCCUUCAAUAUCAAAGGUUGGAGACUGGGCUCUCGGCUGGACAGAGGGCAACGAGAAGUUGCAAAUUGCGUUUGUCAUGAUGAUCUUCCCUCUCAUCAUGAAUGCGCUACAGUACUACAUUAUCGACUCGUUCAUCAAAGAGAAGGACGGCAGCAGCGAUGGACACCAACACGACAGGCUGCCCAGUCAAGACCCCGAGGAGAGCAACCGGUUUCGACGCGGCGGCGACAGACACGCAGAAGGGCUUUUGAGUGACAGCGAAGAUGAAAUGGAGGACGAAAUCACCAAGAGGGGCGCCGACGCCCAACUCAGAACGAGUGGCGAGGGCGAGGAGUAUGAUCCCGACAAGGAUGGGGACGCUCGCACAGUGGUGGGCAGCAGCAGCUCGAAUCGUGCCUUUGAGUCGCCGGACAAGCCCAUCGCACCGGCGUUAUACCCAAAAGAGUGAUCUUUGUUGUGUGUGCUUGCAGAGAAAGGCGUUUUCUUGGGGUUUCUUGGGUUUUCUUGACCAUUAUAGGACAUGUCUUUUCUUGCUCGGGUUGGUGGGUAGAAACAUUUAUACAAGCGGUCAUUAUUGAAGCCACUGGACCAUAUGUACCGGGUCAGCGCGAAUUAGCCAAAACAUGCCACAACGGCCUUAUUUUCCUUGCUCUUGACUUGAACCUCUUUUCACCAUGGGUGUCUUACGCAGUGCAGCCUGACC